GAGCAGCAGAGCCGAGCAGAUCGCAGGCAGCAGCAGCAGCCGAAUAAGCUGGCGAGCGCCGCUCUGAUUUAGCAGACGAGAUUAAUAAGACAGAGAGAGCGAGUGAGCGAGAGAGAAAGAGAGACGCGUAUGUAUGUGUGAGAGAGAGAGAGAGAGAGAGAGAAUGACGAGCUGAGGCUAGCUCCAAGUGUGUAUAAGAAAUAACAGCUGGCCAAAAGCUCUCGAGUGUGCAGUGGUGCAGAUAGUGGCUCGCCAGUUCUCGUGACUCUACAACGACAGUCCCAGUGCAACAAAAAAGAGGAAAAGCAAGAAAAAAAAUAUAUAUAUAUAUCACAGUGUGUUCAAUAAAGUGCGUGAGUGUGUCUUUUUCGUUUCGGAGAACGACGGAAAGCUGGCAGGAUUGUACCAUCUGCGCGACAACUCCCGGCAAGGACGAGCUGCGUUCUACGGUACAAACGUAAACAGCAAAUCUAGCCGCCCAAAAGUACGGCCACAUGUGUAAAGGCAAGUGAGGUACCGUGCUUGCUUUGGAGCCUCACCUCAGCGCGACGAAGCUCCUCGUUCUCUCAUGAAAUGCAGUAGAUACGCGCAUCACAGCUGUGGGACCUCCAGUUCGGGAGGUAGGAACAGGGCGCGGGCGGCGGAGGAGGAGGUGGAGGAGGCUGCUGCUGCGUCAGCCGCAGCAGCGUGGUUGGUACACGAAUCCAGUAGCCAGCAGCAGCGGCGGCACGGCGUCGGCAGAGCUGGCGAAGAGGAAGAAAGUGGUGUUGUCGACGACGAAGAAGACGAAGACGAAAACGACGACCACCGCGACCACGACGACGACAGUCAGAGAAGCAACGACGUUAACAGGCAGUCGGCGGCGGCGGCAGUGCUGCAGCUGCUAGUUCGACGGCAGCGGCGGCAGCAUCACGAGGAGGAGGAGGAAGAAACGAGUGAAAGGACGACGGCGUCACCGCACUGCUGCAGCAGCAGCAGCUCGUCGGUGAGGUAGAAGAACCAGAUCCAACAGAGCUUUAGGCUAAACGCAGCCAGCAGCAGUUAUGGCAACCAUCGACGGUCGACCGGCCCAGUAUGGGCUCACUCUCAAACAGCUCCGAGAGCUCAUGGAGCUCCGGGGCCGUGAGGGUGUCAACAAGGUCAAUAACUACGGCGGCGUACAGGAGAUCUGCAAGAAGCUCUACACUUCGCCUAGCGAAGGUCUCAGUGGAUCAACAGCAGAUAUCCAGCACAGGAGAGAUACCUUUGGUUCUAACUCGAUACCUCCAAAACCACCAAAGACCUUUCUAACAUUAGUUUGGGAAGCUCUGCAAGAUGUAACGUUAAUCAUUUUAGAGGUUGCUGCUCUGGUAUCUCUUGGUCUUAGCUUUUAUCAUCCUCCCCAUUCAAAUAUUGGACCACAAAUUGACGAGGAUGAAGCCAAAUAUGGCUGGAUUGAAGGUCUGGCCAUUCUGAUCUCGGUUGUUGUUGUCGUUUUGGUAACUGCUUUCAAUGAUUACUCGAAAGAAAGACAAUUCCGUGGCCUGCAAAACAGAAUAGAAGGAGAACAUAAGUUCUCCAUUAUUAGACAGGGGGAGGUCAAGCAGAUCUCUGUCUCUGACAUUGUUGUUGGUGACAUAUGUCAAAUAAAAUAUGGUGACCUGCUUCCAGCUGAUGGUAUCCUCAUUCAAAGCAAUGAUCUCAAAAUAGAUGAAUCCAGUUUAACUGGAGAAUCGGAUCAUGUUAAGAAGGGAGAAGCUUUUGACCCCAUGGUGCUUUCAGGCACUCACGUAAUGGAAGGUUCAGGCAAGAUGCUGGUCACUGCCGUUGGUGUGAACUCUCAGGCUGGUAUAAUCUUCACUCUCUUGGGCGCGGCUGUUGAUCAGCAAGAGCAAGAAAUCAAGAAAAUGAAGAAAGAAGCUAAAAAGCAGAAGGGGAAGAAGAAGUCGCUAUCAGGUGACGAUGGUGCCGAUGUAACUAGCAACAGCCAUCCAGUGAGUCGUCACGCCGACGGAGGCGGCGAGAAUCAUCACGGGCCUGCUGAUGGCGGAGGAGGUGGUGGCGGUGGCGGCGAAAACGAAGGCGCCAAAAAGGAAAAGAGUGUGCUGCAGGCAAAAUUAACGAAAUUGGCCAUUCAAAUCGGUUACGCGGGUUCGGCCAUUGCCGUGCUGACGGUGGCAAUUCUAGUCACGCAGUUUUGCGUCUCGACGUACCAUAUCAACAAGGAGGACUGGAAAGCGGAGCAUUUUGGCGUUUUCGUGAAACAUCUAAUCAUUGGUGUGACCGUCCUCGUUGUCGCCGUGCCUGAGGGUUUGCCCCUCGCUGUCACUUUGUCGCUCGCCUAUUCUGUGAAGAAAAUGAUGAAGGACAACAACCUGGUGCGGCACCUGGACGCGUGCGAGACGAUGGGCAACGCCACUGCCAUCUGCUCGGACAAGACGGGCACGCUGACGACCAACCGAAUGACAGUGGUGCAGUCCUACAUAUGCGAGAAGCUGAGCAAAACGCUGCCGACCUUCAACGAGCUGCCGAGCCACCUUGGCAAUCUGAUUGUUCAGUCGAUCUCGAUCAAUUCGGCGUACACGUCGCGCAUAAUGCCCGGGCAGGAUCCGACCGACCUUCCGAUGCAGGUCGGCAAUAAAACCGAAUGUGCCUUACUUGGAUUCGUGCUCGCUCUCGGCAAGAAUUACCAGACGGUGCGCGACGACCAGCCCGAGGAGACCUUCACCAGGGUCUACACCUUCAACAGCGUCCGCAAGAGUAUGUCGACCGUUGUGCCGCGCGAGGGCGGCGGCUACCGGCUCUUCACCAAGGGCGCUUCCGAAAUCAUUAUGAAGAAAUGUGCCUUUAUUUACGGUCGCGACGGCAACCUGGAAAAGUUCACCAGGGACAUGCAGGAACGCCUGGUGAAGAACGUGAUCGAGCCGAUGGCCUGCGACGGCCUGAGGACAAUCUCGAUCGCCUACCGGGACUUCGUGCCGGGCAAGGCAGAGAUCAACCAGGUACACAUCGACAACGAGCCCAAUUGGGACGACGAGGAGAACAUCGUGGCGAACCUCACCUGCCUGUGCAUCGUCGGUAUCGAGGAUCCGGUCAGACCCGAGGUACCCGACGCCAUCAGAAGGUGCCAGAAAGCCGGUAUCACCGUGCGCAUGGUCACCGGUGACAACAUCAAUACUGCCAGAUCAAUCGCAAUCAAGUGCGGCAUUGUCAAGCCAAACGAGGACUUCCUGAUCCUGGAGGGCAAAGAAUUCAACAGGCGGAUACGCGACGCGCACGGCGAGGUGCAGCAGCAGCUGCUGGACAAGGUCUGGCCCAAGUUGCGCGUGUUGGCGCGCUCGUCGCCCACCGACAAAUACACCCUGGUCAAGGGUAUGAUCGAUAGCAAGGCCACGACGAAUCGCGAGGUGGUCGCGGUCACGGGCGAUGGCACCAACGACGGUCCCGCUCUGAAGAAGGCCGACGUCGGCUUCGCCAUGGGCAUUGCCGGCACGGACGUGGCCAAAGAGGCCUCUGACAUCAUCCUCACCGACGACAAUUUCUCGUCGAUCGUCAAGGCAGUGAUGUGGGGCAGAAACGUAUACGACAGUAUCGCCAAGUUUCUGCAGUUCCAGCUAACGGUCAACGUCGUAGCCGUGAUCGUUGCCUUCAUCGGCGCCUGCGCCGUACAGGACUCGCCGCUCAAAGCUGUGCAGAUGUUGUGGGUCAAUCUCAUCAUGGAUACCCUCGCCUCGCUCGCCCUCGCCACAGAGAUGCCUACGCCCGAUCUGCUGCUCAGGAAGCCCUAUGGCAGAACGAAACCCCUCAUCUCCAGGACGAUGAUGAAGAACAUUCUUGGCCAGGCCGUUUAUCAGUUGGUCGUCAUUUUUCUUCUCCUCUUCGUUGGGGACAAAUUUUUUGACAUUCCCCCUGGCCGAGAGGCCUCUAAGCAUGGCGCACCCUCUCAGCACUUCACCAUCAUCUUCAAUACAUUUGUCAUGAUGACGCUGUUCAACGAAUUCAACGCCAGGAAAAUUCAUGGCCAGCGAAACGUCUUCCAGGGAAUAUUUACCAACCCCAUCUUCUAUUCCAUUUGGAUUGGCACUGCUUUGUCACAAGUGGUAAUCGUCCAAUUUGGUAAGAUGGCGUUUAGCACAAAAGCUUUAACUCUAGAACAGUGGUUGUGGUGUCUAUUCUUUGGAAUCGGCACGCUACUGUGGGGCCAAUUAGUCACGACGAUUCCUACGCGCAAGAUUCCCAAAAUCCUUGCAUGGGGCCGCGGCCAGCCGGAAGAUAUCGGCGUUAUCAAUUUGGGAGACGAGAAAUACGAUCCAGACUCGACAAAACAGCCUCGCACCGGACAAAUUCUCUGGAUCCGUGGUCUAACACGACUGCAGACUCAGGUGAUAGGUGGCGAGUUGCAGGAACGUUUGAUACCGGUACCCUACAGCAAGAGCUCGACAGACCAAGCUAUCCGCGUAGUGAACGCAUUUCGACAGGGGCUGGACUCGCGCUGCGAGCACAGCAACACAAGCAUCGCCGAGAUGCUGAGGAAGCAGUCGUCCCUGAACAAGCGGCUCUCGCAGACGAGCAGCAUCGACUACGCGGAUAAUUUGCCGGACGAGCUGGCCAUACCCGAAAUCGACGUCGAGCGACUCUCCAGCCACAGCCACACUGAGACCGCCGUCUAAAUUCACACAGCCAUAGAAAGAGAAACAAUACAUAUAUAUUGAUUAUACCUCUUUCUAUCGUACACACACACACGCACACACACACACACACAACCAAAUGGUGGUACACACAAACAAAAUGGUUCUAUCUAUCUUGAAUGAUAUUGCAGCAGCAGUAGCAGGCGGAGCGAAGCAAUAAUCGUCGUCGUCUGCGUCGCCGUCUGCGUCGCCGUCGCUUUCGCUGCAGCGUCUUUUUACGCUUAAAAGACAACUGAUACCGAGUCCUUGUGCGAGAGACUGUCGCGCGAGUGUUAACCGCAAACGAAACUGUUCAGUCAACAAAGUGUGCGACUGUGGACGCCAGGGCAUAUUCUAGAAGAUUUAUAGCAGGCAGCAGCAGUCAUUACAGAGAGACAGUGCCGGCGAAGUGUGCAAGAUGGGACCUCAUUGUGGGCAGUGAUACAAGGGCAUUUUAGGCAGCCGUGCGAGAAAGCCGCUACUGAGACAAGUCGAAACAAAGAAGUCUUGCCUUUUCUUUUCUUUUUUUCGCCUUUUACUUAUCAUCGGGACACACAGUGCGAUUAGCGUCUCAUCGUGCUUUCCUUCUAACCAGCUUCUCCAAUUCUUGUUUUCUGUAAAUAAUUGUUGGCGAGUUAUGUCAUUAAUAGUCUUGAGUUACUUGAAAAAAAAAAAAAAAAAUUGUUAAAACGCGACUAUACAUAAUGCAUAUAAAUCUUUUUCUCUCUCUCUCUCUCAUUGUAACGCCGUUCCUCGUCCUUACAUCAGCUAAUGUAAAGAUUCGCGAACGGUGAUUGUGCGUGUGUGUUCUUUCAGCAUUAUCAAAACAAAACGAACAAACACUUUUAGAAGACGAUUUAGAAUAUGCUCUGGUGGGCAGGAGAGAAACUUAUAAAAAAUAUAUAUAAAUAAACCAAAAGAAAUUACAAGUAAUGAGACGAUACAAAAGUUGUCUCGCGCGCUAUUAAGAAUCCAAAACUGUCGAUUCUUUCAGAAGAAAAAAGAAAAAAUACCGAUGAAAACAAACAAAAACAAAAAAAAACACGAUUAAAAAAGAAUACCACGUGUGAUUGUGUGUGCGUGCACGCUUCUUGCCAUUUGUGGAAACGGGCCCCCACGACGAUUCGUGUGUACAUAUAAUACGUGUCCGACGACGAGUGCGUUUUUGUGCUGCGUACGUAUGCCCGAAUUUGAUUUGAAAAACAAAUGCAAAAUAUCAGGAAAGAGAAGCAUAGCCAAACACAUGAUGAUUAUAUAAGAGUGGUGCGAAUGUUAAUGCAUACGUAUAUAUAUAUUAUACAUAUAUAAAUAAGCAGACGACAGGACGGAUAUUACAUAAAGUCAAAGAAAAGUGUGCUAGCGCGCGAGCGCGACGAGAGAAAGAGCGAGGAUUUGCCAGGAAAACGAGAAGUGAUUUUAAGCAAAUGCGUGAUAACCGUCCGUAUUUCUUGUGUUUUUUUUUCCUCGUUCUCAUUUGUAUUCUUGAAAGGUGAAAAGCAGUCGAAAGAAAAACAGAUGUGUCGCUCACGCGUAAAAGAGAGGUGGAGGGGGAGGAGGUGCCGUUAGCCACCACGUGUAAAUAAGAGGGAACGUGCAAGUUGUCGUCGAUUCAUUUUUUUUCUCUUUCGUCGCGGCGCGUGUAUUUUCUAUAAUAAUGAACCACCAUUCACGAGAAUGAGAAAUUUCGAUCAUCUUUGGUCCUGUCUUUUUCUUUACCUUAAACUACCGUUAUGUUCGUUGGUACGUAACGCGGUUGUGUUUUCAUAUAUACGCGCGCGCGUUCAAAGCUCGUAAACAACGUCGGAAACAAACACCAAAAAAAAAAUAAAUAAAUAAAAAAGAAAUAAGAAAAAACCCAAAAAAAAACGCACCACUGCCUUUCACACUAAAUGCGUUCACAUAUACACACACUAUCAACAAAGCUCUCUUUUUAUCUGCUUCUCAGGCAACAAUGUUCUCUGCGGACGGUCGCGAGCUGCGCGCGACGGCUUUUUCUUUCGUCCGACGGCGACGACGAUGACGACGACGACGACGGCGACGACGAUGACGAUAUACUUAAUUAAUCGCGCAUGAAUACUUACGUAACGAUAGUUAGCAGUGAAUGGUGCUAGGUCCGAUGAUUCCUAGAAGCCUUGUCGCGCGAGAACAUUCACAGCCCUGAAAACCUUCAGCCUCCCUCCUGCAUUAACAUUAUGUAUAAUUUCGCGUGUCUCGCUCUUUCUCUCUCGCCUACGGGAGAUCGAACGAAGGGUUUUGUUUUUACUUUCGACUUUCCUCCCACCUCUCCCCUCUCCCUCUCCAUCCAGCUCAUUCACCUGUACAAUCACCGUUGUUAUGCCCGCGUCAGGGGCGGAUAAAGUACCUAAUCUCGGCUUGUACUUGUCACUGGUGUUUGUCUUCUCGUCAUUUUAAAGCCUUGCCUCGUAUUUAUUAUUUUUUUUAUCCCAAUUUUUACUAAAUACUGACGACCAUAAGUGUUCCAUUAUGUACUUCUGUUCUGCUGAUUUUCUUCUGUUCACGUCCUUGUACCACGUUGAUUGUACUUUAAAUGUCGCGAGAGAAAAAUGAUCAAAUAAACAUGCCUGUAUACUUACUUUGCACUAGCCUGUCCUCGCGCACACACGAGCGACAAGAACAUAAAUAGAUAUUUCCGAGAUUAUUUGUUGUUGCGAUUAUUUUUCUUUUCCUUGUUCUUUUUUUUCUUUCUUUGUCCUUUUUUUUUAAAGGCAGAAUCAUUAUGCCGGUAUGAACGAUUAAUCGAUGAGAUUACGAAUAUUAUUAUGUGAAUAGAAUCGAGUGUGACACAACUCGAACAAUCUACGAUCCGCCCCUGCUAAACCUCGUUUUAACCGUCAAGUGUUUUUUCUCAAACCUCCCCAUAGUUUUUAUCCCGAAAAUUCGCCUCUAUUACCUCUGUCUCUUCCGCUGACGAUAAAAAUGGAAAAAAGCGAAAAAACCAACCCUCGAAAAAAUCCUCUUUCUCUUUAAAAAAACAAAGUAUAUAUAUAUAUAUUAUAAAUAUAAAUAUAAAUAAAUGAUAAAAAGUAAGGAUAUUAUCGAGCGGCCCAAAGAAUCCUCGUUUAACGUCCUAGUCACUCGUUUUGUUUGUACGCAAGAAAAAAAUAUAUAGCGAUUAAUUGUUGAUUAUUAAUAAUUAAAUAUUAUAAUUAUUAUACGAUAAUAAGAUGAAAAAAAUAAUGAUUGUAGAUUUACCAAAUAGAAAGUAAAAAAAGAAAGAUGGAUGGAGUUUGCGAGAAGAGAUGUUUGAGUAAAGUAAGGAGAAGAAGCGUAUAAUUAUAUACGAUGCAAAAAAGAGACAAUGGAGGUUUUCUAAUGUAUACUCUCUUGUAAAAAAUAAAUAUACAUAUAUAUAUGUACGUAUGUGUGUAUGUGUUUGUAUAUGCACACACACACACACAUACAUAUACAUACAUACAUAUAUAUAUAUAUAUAAUGCCGCGCCGCUCGAAUAUCGCGCACCUCGACGUUGUAUUAUCGUUUUAAAACUGCAGCGUAUUAAAUUAUUAUUACCUAUUAUUAAUUAUUAUAGACAAUUAGAUGCGACAAAUUUGAGUGUGUUGCGUUUGUUAAGCAAGCCAGGAGGCGCGCGCACGUAUAUUAUUAUUAUUAUAAAUAAAUAAAGUAAACAAAAAAAUAUGGAAGCAAAGUGAAUAAUGAUUAACGAGUUAACGAGAAAACAAUAUGCCAGAAAUGGAAAAAAGCGACCGGGAGGAAGGCGAGAGACGUCCAAUAUAAUGAAAACAAACAUCCAAUAAAUAAUAGCGGAAAAUCGUGUUUAAAUGGAAAAAAAGAGAGAGAAUGACAAGACAAGGGCAAAUCUGUGUGUACUUAAGUCCGAGAGUACUUAAUCGUAUUUAAGCUCGUUCUCAUGUGUAUAUUCAAUAAUGCAAGUUAAAGAUGGGACAGCAUUAUAAUAAAUAGAACACGUAAAUGCUAAACAAAUGAUAAUAUACUCGAUGAGAAAAUGAAAAAAACCGUAAAUCGCAAGAAAACUUUCCAAGCACGUAAUUCUCUCCCAGCAUGUAACGUAAACUUUGAAUAAACAAAAUAAAGAAACUUUCUAUUACUGCCGUAUGACAUUUUUAAAUAGCACCUUAAACACGUAUAUUACAGGCACACCCGCAUCAAACACUGUCACGUGCAUUCGCGUAAAGAAAUGAUUGAAAAAAAAACGAUUUUCGUGCAUAAAAAUAAAUAUAGAUACGUAACCGAGCUCUCAUCUCUCUGUCUCGCAGCGGUUGGGACCAAGCCACACAUAUACCUACACCUCGACACAGCAUACGCGUACGCACACACACACACAUACAUACAUUCGCGCUUUUUACAGGUAACAAUAAAUAAUUAAAGUCCCGUGCAGCAUCCAAGCUAAGAGAGUAAAGAAAAACAAAAACGAAAAGCUUCUUCACAAGCCUUGCAGACGCUCUUUCGCCUUCUUUUCUUCCCUUUCGCGAGUGGAUCAACCAUAUUAGUCAGUUCGCUAUACCUGAAUUCUUUUCUUAUGUACACACACACACACGCACACACACGUAUAUCGUUUCUAUACAAUUUGUACCGAGAGAGCGAACACGAGAAGGGGGAGGAAAUAAGAAAACAAACGAUACUAAACGUACGAUUUAAUCAAAUCUAUUCACUUUUAUCCACGCUACUGUUAUUCAAUGAAUAAAACAAUCGAAAGCUAAGUAAACAAACCUAAACAAUAUCGUUAGAGCAAUUUAGUAGCGCCAAUUCUAGUGGGAAAAUCGUUCCAAAAACAAAGAGAGAGGCGUACGAGGAAGUUGUAAUGAUUCGCGCCACUCGCACAUGAGUUUUUUUCCCUCUGUCUCUCUCUCUCUCUCUAUCUCUCUUUCUCUCUCUCUCUCUCUCUCUCUCUUCCGAGUCGUUCAUCCAAACUAUCUGCCGUAAUCUUGCUUAUAUUAUUAAUGAAGAACACAGACAUACAAGAAAAUAAUAAUAAUAAUAAUAAUAAUAAUAAGUACUAACUGAGUCUCUUGUAACAGCAAAAUGCGUAAGUCAUUCUUUUCGAAUCAAGUUUGACGACGAUUAGCCGCACAGUGAAGAGGGUACUUAAAAACAUUUAACGAACAAAAAUAACUGCAAAUCUCUCCAUGCAACAAUUGUAAAUCUAUAGAAUAACUCUUAUAUAAUAAUGAUAUUCUAAAUGGAAUGGGCAAAAGCAAGAGAGACUUGCGACAACACGCUGUGAGCUUCAGGAUGGCGAGAAGUACCGAAGCGCUUGUUCCAGGGACUUUUAUCUUGGCAAAAAAAAAUUCCCGUAAAACGUAUAUACCGUUGAUAUCCGAGAAUUAGUACGAACGAAUAAAAUUUCGAUGAGUAGAGGCAACCUGGAAUGUAUUUUUUUCGAAUAAAAAGUUUUUUGAAAAAUACUAAAAAUCAAUCUGUAUCUCAACACUAAAUGAGUAUUCACAUGUAUCUUUCUCAAUCUCUGUCGCUCUCGCUCGCUCGCUCUUUACAUCUCUGUAUCUAAUUGCAGAGGAACGCGAACGACAUUUCGCCUUUCUGUUGUGUCGCCUCCUCGUGUGGCUCACCGCUGUCCUUUUCAAUCUCGAGCUUUGUACGUAUACUCACACCUAGACACUUUUCUCUCUCUCUCUCUCUCUCUCUCUCUCUCUCUCUCUCUCUCUCAUACGCCCCACAAAA